UUGAAGUAUCGAGUUAUUCGAAAAAGCAUGCUGUUUGUCGAAUGUACUGUAUAUUUUGAAACGGAAUUAUUUAAUUUACACUUUAACUGAAUAGUUACUGUCUCUUGUUACUACAUCAUAAUUCAAUAAAAAUGUUGAGACGGCAGGCGCGUUUGCGCCGUGAAUAUCUAUAUAGAAAAUCUUCUGAAGAUAAACAAAAAAGUAUACAAGCGAAGAAAGAACAGUUAAAAAAGUGUUUGGAAGAAAACAUACCAAUUCACGGUGAUUUACGCAAAGAAGCGUUAGCUCUGCAGAAGAGAUUAGAGUUUGACGAUAAAGGUCCAGAAAGGUCAGCAGUGAUAGGUGGUUUCAGUGGUGGAGCAAACACACUUAACUCUCAGGAUGAUGAAUAUCAGUAUGCAGGGGUUGAGGAUCCUAAAAUCAUGAUCACAACUUCCCGAGAACCAAGUGCAAGACUUAAAAUGUUUGUCAAAGAACUAAGAUUAAUAUUUCCAAACAGUCAAAGAAUGAACAGAGGUGGAUACGAGAUGUCACAACUGAUUCAUGCCUGCAGAGCAAAUGAUGUCACAGACUUCAUUGUAGUACAUGAACAUAGAGGAGUGCCUGAUAGUUUGGUCAUAUGUCAUUUGCCGUAUGGACCAACAGCGUCAUUCACUCUCUCUGGGGUUGUGAUGAGGCAUGACAUUCCAGACAUUGGACCCAUGAGUGAACAGUACCCACAUUUAAUAUUUCAUAACUUCAAAACUGAUUUAGGCUUGAGAACCAUGAGUAUAUUGAAGUACUUAUUCCCUGUUCCGAAGGCGGACUCAAAGCGUGUUAUAACUUUUGCAAACCAUGAUGACUACAUUUGCUUCAGACAACACACCUACAAGAAGGCCGGAAAGGAGAUAGAGUUGUCGGAGAUAGGCCCCCGCUUCCAGAUGAAACUGUAUGAGAUAAAGUUGGGAACUCUAGACGCGGCCGCCGCGGCUGACACGGAGUGGGCGCUGCGCCCCUAUAUGAACACGGCGGCAAAGAGGCGCUUCCUGAGCGAGGAAGAUGGCUGGCAGCAAGACGAAUAAAUUAUAUCUUGA